AUGUCGACAUUUUUAAGGCUCGAACUUGACCUGUCACAGAACAAGGAAAAGGAUUCUAAAAUGGAGACUGUUGACGAACUAUUUUGCCGGACAAAUAAAUUCAUCGACGCCUUAAUGAUGGAGGAAGAAAGUCGUGAUCUAUCGCAAGAACUAGAAGAACUGAGGGAGACCGUAUUAGCGAACUCACCACAACCUUUCAGCUCACAACAGACUGAGGAUGAACCCAAUAAAUGGGACUGCAUAGACAGGUCUACGAGAUUCUACAAUACCCUUUCUGCGGAUCAAAUGAAGUUCUGCAGUUGGAUAUCUUCCAUCGAUGAACGAAUCCCUGCGUGCUACAAUGCUAAAGAUCCUGUAGAUUCUGAACAAUCGCCUUGUGCAGAGGUUCUGUGUGAUUUCGAAAGUGACCAAGGCCUUGUAAGCCAUCAAGAGGUUGUAAGGAUAGUGGAAAUUAAAGGUGGCAACGCACUUGUGAUUGGACGCGCUUAUACCACGGAGAGACAAGUUGGUCAGAAGUUCGGUCUCUACAGCACUCUCAAGUCGUCCAUUGAGCGGCAGCACCGCAGCUCAGGUACCUCGAGUCAGACGUACGACUCCUGUCGAGUGAAAAAGCAGACGAGGCGGGAGCAAGAUAACCCCAAAAUUAUCCGACAAAUCAGAUUUUGGAUUCCACAGAUCUACCUACAGCCUCUCAGUUUAAAAGCAAAGUUAGUGGAAAAUGCUAUGGAUACACGGCAAUUUGUGCUUUCCAUCUGGGAGAGCUAUGUGAAGGAGACCGCCCAAGCUGUCAUGAAUCUACUCUACAUCACCUUGAGACACUGGAGUAAGGAAAAGAUGGAUGUUGACUAUGUAGCAAUCAACGGUGAUAUGAAGCGAAGUUUGAAAAGCUUCUUUAGAUCUCUUGAAGGAAGCCUUAGCAAUGAUUGGGAGUGCGAAAUACACUACGAACUAAUCCUGCAGCAACUUCGCUUACUGCAGGCCGGUGAUAACGCAACAAACGAUGGAUCUCGAUCUAGAGCGGAAGAAAUGCCGAAUGAAGAUAUAACUGAACGGAUUGGACAAUUAAUGUUGGAACGACGAAUAAUAUUCCGUUUGCUAGAACAACACCAGGGGAUGCAGCAGGCAUUUGAGGCCGCUAAAGCAGGACCAAUGAAACCAAAUUUAGGAUUUCCACUUCAGUUAGAAGGGAGUUGUGGGUCCGAACUAAAAGAUACGGAAAUAUCUUGUACACCGGACGGAUACGAAAAACGCGCAUCCUUGGGUUCGUAUGCCAGCACGGACGCAGAGGCAGGGAGGCCAGGAAUGCAUCUUAAUUGUACGAUGAGUGAGACAAGUUUGCUAUCCCCGCCACCGCCCUUCGACAAGCCACCUGAGCCAUUGCGUCAAAAGACGGGUAGCCUAUCAAAGAAACUGGAGACUGCGGAGAGGAUAGAGAAGCACUACGGUAGCGAGCCCUGCAUCCUAGAGGCGGCGGCGUGCCGGCGGCACCAGGCACAUACAUGGACGCGCAGCGGGCGCUACCGCUCAGCGGACCUCUCACUAAAGGGCCUCGACAAGUGCUCGCGACUGCGCGCGCGCUCCUUCGGACAGGGUUCUAAGUCCCUCCCGCGCACCUCCUAUCCUCUGCCAGUGAUGAAAAAGUCGCCGCCCGUUAAACUUGCUGUCGUUCAUCCAGUGGGCGGAAUGGACUCGGGCCCCGAAGUGGGAUACGUGGUGAUAAUGCGACCAAGUUUCCGUGAGCGCAUCACGACGGUGCUGGACACGCGGCGCCGCAAGCGCGUCUCCAUCCACGCCGCCAUCGAGCGUGGCAUCGCGGGAUUCGAGAGCGGUGCCACAGGGGCGGCGGAGGCUGAGGAAGGGCUAAGCGAAAAGGAGCAGAAAGAGUGUUUCUUCGUUUACGACACUGCUAGCGGCACCAAACUCAAUUUCUCCCAGGCCCUCAGUGAUGGCAUCAUCCACUACGACUCUUCAGCCACUGAGAGCAUUGUCUUUGAUGAAUACGCAAAGUCGGAGUGGCGCGGAGUGAAGUCGGUCUACCACCCUCUGGUGUAUCGUGUGGAGCAGGUGCGUGAGGUGGUUGAGCGUGGAGAGAAGUUGAUUCGGCAGAAGCACAAAUGGAUGCCAUUUCACCGAGCCAUAGAGACGGGUCGCCUCGAUCGACGCACAGCAGAAUACGUGGUCCGCACCGGUGGUGAUGAUGACAAAUGGGGUGAGGAGGUUCUGCGCCUCCCCUUCGCCAAGGCGCUCGCCUAUGGACUGGUCAAAGUGGUGGCGCUGCGCCACUGCCUUAUUGAGAAAUUGCCUCGUGACAAGUGCAUAUUCGCUUGA